AUGGUUCCCAAGUCCGAUGACAUUGAGAUGCGUCUAAUCAGCGAUAUUGCUGAUAAGGGCAAAUCGGAUGUUUCGAGUUCUGGGAGCUCCGGUACCAGUUUGAGCGAGCGAAGUUAUUCAUUUGAAUCUUCAAAGGUCAAUCGGCCAAAGUCAGUCUUUCGUAAACUACUUGAUGCCAUUCUUUCUGUAUAUAAGGGGUCAGAAAAGCCAUCGGAUAGCCCGCCUUCGUUCGGCAAUAACAUUUUUCGGGCUCUUGAGGAGUUCCCACGGAAAUUAUCUUUUUUACUCCCGAACAAACUCAAAAUACUUAUCAUAGUAUGCUUCAGUUUGGCAUGGGUUUUGACUCUCCGAUCAAUUUUGUUUCCAUAUUUAUCUGCACCACCUUUUUACAAAGAUUCGGAAUCGGGACAGUCUGAAAAAAUAAUUACUCUAUCGUGCGGGCACGAAAGUUUAUUCUGGAGGGGUGAAAACGAUGCCUGCGGACUUAACGCCAAAAAAUGCGGGUCACGUGACACAGGCCCUUUAAGCAAAUCUCCGAUCGCUAUUAGAUGCCCUGCCUUUUGCGACUACUCAUCGCGGACUUUUGCUUCUUUACCUGUUGGAAACCAAACAGUAAAAUAUCGCAGUUACUACAUCGGUGGUGGGAAAGUCGAGAAGGACCCACAUUAUUUAACAUUGCCGUACAGAGCCGACUCGUUUCCAUGUGCCGCGGCAAUUCAUGCCGGUCUCAUUUCUCCGGAAAUGGGUGGUUGUGCGUUUUUAGAAUUUACCGGUCCGCAAUAUUACUUUAACUCUACCAGUGGGAGAAACACAAUGCCAGAGUCAAUUGGCUUUGAUAGCUUUUUCCCGGAAUCGUUUCGCUUUGUCAAGCAUCCAGGUACCUGUAUUCGGUGCAAGGAUCCUAGGAUUUUGGCAGAGUCUAUAAACAUCGUCUUUGGUUUUUUGGCCAUAUACUCUUUGGAUGGUCUUACUGGAUUCUGGAUGGUCUGCAUCUCUCACUUCUGGACAGUACUAUUGAGCUUCGACCCCCCUUUAUUGGUCGAUCCGGCAAGAUUGGACUCGAUUCCAGAACUAUUGUCUCUUGGAUUCCGCCGUUUUCUCCCGCUAUGUUUUAUGCUUUUUGCAGUGUGGAAAGGUGCUUGCAAUAUCACAUUAACUGAACCCACUUCUCAGGUGUGUAAAGCCUUUAUUUGGUAUCCACUUUUCUGCGUUGGAAUGUUAAACAAUGUUACCUUUGACAGGCUUCCUUUGGACCGGCUUACACCGAGCGAUAUUAGAGAAAUGCCCGGCUCAAUGACAGUGUGCAUUAUUUUGCUUGUUAUCACCAUUACUUGUGUCAUAAUCCAGGCUUUCCAACUUUGGAAAGCAGGAAGAAUUGGAGGCUGCAUCUGCGGAUAUGCAUUGCUCAUAAUUAUAAUAUCCUACCUCAGCAGAAUUCCCGGCUUGGAGUUUCGUCUCCAUCAUUACGUAAUAGGGCUCAUUCUUAUUCCUGGGACUAGGACAAAAGGGAUUACCGCUUUUAUCUUUCAAGGUUUACUACUUGGUUUGGCUGUGAAUGGUGUGACAAGAUGGGGAUUUUCCUCAAUUGAAGAAACUAAUUUAUCAUUACUUAGAGGUGACAGUGCCGGUAGAAUGGCUCCUCCUUCCUUUUUGGGAUACACAGCGUCCAAUUCUAGUAUUACGUGGUAUUCUCCUCUUACUGAGGAAAAUCAGCUUUACGAAAAGACGGGAAAUGGCAAGUCGGCGAAACCAAGAGGAGAGGAUGAUUGGUUUUCACUUUUGGUCAACGAUAUUGAAGUAUACCAUGGACCUGACUUAAGUGUGAAUUUGGAAAACCUAAGCGACACGAAUAAACAAUUCGGGGAAUUACUUAACGCAUCACUAUCUGAAACGAGAGGCUCGGAUCAGGAUAUCAAUCUCUAUCUUCGAGUGGCCAGAAUUUCUGCUGGCAGUCAUAAGAGAAGUUCAUACACGAGAUCUGCCUUAUUGAUAUAUCCCGGAGGUGAGUUUCAUCAUGAGUCGAAAGGUUCUACCUAG